AUGGCUAACCAUUUUCGUAUCAGUUUGCGGGGUACUAAUUUUAUAACAGGCUCUGAAGCAGUUAGAGAGUAUAUGGACAGUCCCAUCAGAGAUGGUCGAGCAGAGGUCAAGCCAGACGGUAGUUACUUUGUUGAUAGAAACCCUGCAAUAUUCCAUCAUAUUUUGGAUUAUUUGUCUGGUAGAAAAUUGCAUCUUCCAAAGAAUUUAUGUGCAAUCGAGGUAAGAGAAGAAAUAGAGUUCUGGAUGAUCCCACUUGAGGCUGUACCCAAAUGCUGCUACGAGGUACUGUACAAUGAUAAUAUGUCUAGCUAUGAAGCGAUCGAAGAAAUGGAGAAAUGCAUGAUAAAUGACGUUUGCCCAGCAGAAGGAGAAAGAAAAUAUUCGAGUCGUAAACUUCUGGACGUUAGAGAAACUAUUAACAAAGCAUUGGUAGUUCCAAGUUCCAGUUUAUUGGGAAAGGUAUGGUUAUUUCUUGUGGGUAUCUCCACAAUAACAGCUGUUACGUGCUACCUGCUACAUUCACACAGGGAAUUUCGUGUCGGGAGAGAAAACCUUCCUACAAUACGAGAUAAUUACACGUACAUACUUAUCUUUAGUAACCCAAAGCGUACUGUGUUAAACACCAAGGUUGCUCCUUUGGAACUUGUUAUUUUGGAAAUUGUUUCUAACGUUUUUCUCUUGUUUGAUUUGUUAUUGCGAUUUAUUAUUACCCAUCAGAAGAUAGCAUUCAUUUUAAACCCACCAAACAUUAUAGAGCUUAUUUCUGUUGUAAUUUCCUUUUUGAUUGGUUAUGUUGAUAGCAAGUCGGAAAAGUUUGUCAAGAAGAUAGAGGUAGAUAAAUUUAUAGUGGUUUUUGGAUUUAUGUACUCUCUUAGAGUUCUCAGACUCUUACGUUUGGCCGAAACUACAGCGGAAAUGAAGAUUUUAAGACUAUGUGAGCUAAAAAGUUGGAAAAUCAUAGCCCUUCUUUUUAUGGUAUUUGCAAUUUUCUCCAUAAUUUUUGGGUCUGGAAUGUUUUGGGUUGAGUUUGAAAAUGCAGAAACUUUUCCCAACAUAUUGAUUAGUAUUUGGUGGGCUGUUGUUACCAUAACAACUGUUGGAUACGGAGACCACUAUCCAAAAACAGCUUUAGGGUAUUUAGUGGCAUCUAUGACUGCUCUGAUUGGAUUAUUACUAAUUGCAAUGCCCAUUGCAGCUUUAUCUUCUAACUUCGGCAUUUUUUUAUAA